AUGGCUUGUGCUCACAAAGGAAAUGAGUUUGAGACUGAGAAACUGAAUAAUACUCCUCAAAAACCAUUAAAUUUUUUGCCAGAAGUCCCAGAAAAAACGAUUACUCGGAAAUUAACUGCUCGCGAGCAAAAAGAUUGCCAAAUAGUAGAACGACUUGUUCGAAACUACUUCAUGAUUGUAAGACGGAAUGUUCAGGACUCAGUACCCAAAGCUAUUAUGCAUUUCCUGGUUAACUAUGUUCGUGACAAUUUACAAAGUGAACUUGUACGACAGUUAUACAAGCAUGAAAUAAUCACGGAACUGUUAACGGAAAGUCCAGCUAUGGCACAUAGAAGGAAAGAAGCUGCAGAAAUGCUCGAGGCAUUAAGUAGAGCAAGUCACAUAAUUAGUGAGGUCCGUGAAACUCAGAUAUGGUGA